AUGAGUACCGCUCAAUGGCUGCUUCAGAUCUCCUUAUUACUAUGGCUAAGCAAAGGAUUAGCAGCAACUCAAGCGAAGCCUGGUUGUCAAGAGAGGUGUGGAGACGUUGACAUUCCAUACCCCUUCGGAAUUGGAUCUGCUGGUUGCUACUUCGAUGAAUGGUUCGAAGUAACUUGCAACAACUCUACCGACCCUCCUAAGCCUUUCCUGAAAGGAGUAAAUCUGGAGGUGCUGAAUGUUUCAUUAGAUGGCACCAUCCGGGUCAACAACCCAGUACUCCUUUCUCAGAAUUGUUCCGGCAAACCAUCAAAUGACACGCAGUGGUGGGAGGGAGGCCCCUUUUCAUUCUCCAACACCUACACUAGAUUCACUGCUGUGGGUUGCAGCGCCCUGGUCUACAUUAUGCAGGAUGAUACAGUAAUCGGGGGAUGCAAGACCUUCUGCAAAAAGGACGCAACUGCGGCAAAGAAAGCCAGCUGCUAUGGCUUGGAGUGUUGCCAAACCCAGGUCCCUCCAGGCCUCCUGUCCUUCACUGCAAAUUUAGGAACCUCUUCUGAUGGUAGUGCUGAUGAGCAAGAACAAUGCAAAUACGCGUUCAUGGUGGACCAAGAAUGGUUUAUCUCAAAUGUACCAGAUCCACAUACGGUGAAAGAUAUGGAAUACGUUCCAGCAGUGCUGGACUGGCGGAUAUACAACGCAACAUGCAAUUGUGGCCAUAAUACUGUCUGUUCAUCUACCAAUCAAGGCUCAAGUCUCAUCUGCGGUUGUUUCCAGGGAUAUGAAGGCAACCCUUAUCUUCCCCAAGGAUGUCAAGUCAUAGCAAUAGGAGCUUUUGGAACAUUACUUCUGGUACUCUGUGCAUGGUGGUUGUACAUAGUACUAAAAAGGAGAAAGAAAAUUAAGUACAAAGAGAAAUGCUUCAAUAGAAAUGGUGGUUUACUCUUGGAACAACAAUUAUCUUCAAGUGAAGGAAAUAUUGAUAAAACCAAAUUAUUUACUUCCAAAGAGUUGGAGAAAGCCACUGAUCGUUAUAAUGAAAAUCGGGUUAUUGGACAAGGAGGCCAAGGUACUGUUUACAAAGGAAUGUUGAUGGAUGGAAGAAUUGUUGCAGUUAAAAAGUUGAAGAUAAUGAGUGAUAGCAAACUUGAACUAUUCAUUAAUGAGGUUGUCAUUCUAUGCCAAAUUAAUCACAGAAAUGUGGUUAAGCUAUUAGGAUGUUGUUUGGAGACAGAAGUGCCUUUGUUGGUCUAUGAGUUCAUUCCUAAUGGAACCCUUUCUGAACAUAUCCAUGGCCAAAAUGAAGAGUUCCCAAUUACAUGGGAAAUGCGUCUUCGAAUUGCUACUGAAGUUGCUGGAGCUCUUUCUUACUUGCAUUCAGCAGCUUCUAUACCAAUCUAUCAUCGAGAUAUCAAAUCAACUAACAUACUUUUAGAUGAUAAAUAUCGAGCAAAAGUGGCAGACUUUGGAAUUUCAAAAUUUGUUACCAUUGAUCAAACACAUUUGACCACUCAAGUACAAGGUACUUUUGGAUACUUGGAUCCAGAGUACUUCCAAUCAAGCCAAUUUACUGAAAAAAGUGAUGUCUACAGCUUUGGAAUAGUUCUUAUUGAGCUUUUAACUGGGAAAAAACCAAUCUUGUCAACUGCAUCAGAAGAAGGGAAAAGUUUAGCCUCAUAUUUCAUAUUAUCCAUGAACGAAGAUCGUUUAUUAGAUCUUCUUGACGCUCAAGUUGUAAAAGAAAGUAAAAAAGAAGAGAUUAAUGCAAUUGCUUUUCUUGCAAGACGGUGCAUAAACUUGAAUGGGAAGAAAAGGCCUACAAUGAUGGAAGUUGCAAUGGAGUUGGAAAGAAUUAGAAAGUGUCAAGGAGAUUUCAGAGCUCAAGAGAAUUCUGAGGAGAUUGAAUACACACCACUGAAUUGA